CCUCACCUGCCUCAUCAUCUGUGCUCUAAUCCCGCGAUAAUACCGCUGACAGGUGAACAGAUGAACAACUGAACAGCUGAACAGGUUGGCCACUCACCGUUAAAGGACACGAACCGAACUAUAUUUACGAGACGCCUUAUAAUGGUCGCAUUGAAACCCACUGAGCUGGCAAAAAGUAGUUUAGUCGCUAAAUAGUUUACCCCGCAUCAGUCCCCCUCACCAACAUCAUCAGUCAUAGGGCUAAAUAUAGUUGGCCCGGCCCACUCGGCCCAACGGCCCACACAGCCGCACAUCCUGCCACUAAAAAAGACAACAAAUGGGACCGGUUUGCAGCUAGACCGCUCGCUUAAGUGCCUGCAAAUUGCACUGGCAAGAGCGGGCUGGGACCUGGAGAGGUCGAAUGGAUGGUGCGAGUCCCUAAUUCAAUUGUUUGUAAUGUUCCUGGACAUUUAGAGUUAAAUGCUUGCUUACACAUAAUGCCCAUAAAAGGUGAUGUAUGUGCGCCCAGUCUGGGAGUUCUGAGCCCCAGGCCAGUGGAUUCGGGAAGGUGGGCGUAAGCUUGCCGGAUUAUGGUGCUGCGCAAGUGGCCGUUCCAUUUUGUGGCCCACCCGAAAUGGGCAUGUAUAACAGCAGAGCAGAGCUUGUACAGCUGAAACCAAGUCUCCAUCAGCAUAGGAUCAGCAUCUGCUCUAUUCGAAAUGGGGCUUCUGCAUUAAUGCUUUUGAUUAGGAAGCUUCAUACCAUUGUACAAUAUAUAAAGUUUUCCCAAGUGUUCUGUGUAUUACAAUACUUUAAGUAGUGUCUUCACUAUUUAGAUUAUCAUGAACCCUGCUGAGCUGCUCCAGCAACAGCUUAGUUUGCCUUAGGUAUCCUGCAGCCUUGGGAACACAACCAAUAAUAAUUGUGCUUCUGUAGCCAAGGGCA